UCAGUUACGGCGGUCGGAGUGGUCCCUGCUCGGUUGAAGUGGAGUGUUGCUUCAGGAAUAUGGCGGCGACCAGGACCGCUUUGUUUUGGAGCAGCCGGAGCCGCUGGGACUGGGCAGCGGGGUGUUUCGGGCGGCAUCCCAGCGUGCUUUUUUCCCGGAGUCCCGGGGAGCAGCCCCGGCCACUCCCAGUUGGCAAGCAGAAGACAACACUGUCUUUCCUUAGUCGACCAGAUUUGCCAAACCUGGCGUAUCAGAAACUAAAAGGCAAGAACCCUGGACUUAUUUUCCUCCCCGGCUAUAUUUCAAAUAUGAGUGGUACCAAAGCCCUGGCACUUGAAGAGUUUUGCAAAUCUCUGGGCCAUUCCUAUGUAAGAUUUGAUUAUUCCGGCUGUGGAAGUUCAGAUGGUAAUUUUCCGGAUUCUACAAUAGGAAAGUGGAGGAAAGAUGUCCUGUCUAUAAUUGAUGAUCUGACUGAAGGACCACAGAUACUAGUUGGAUCCAGCAUGGGAGGCUGGCUAAUGCUUCACGCUGCAAUUGCACGCCCCGAAAAGGUAGCUGCUCUGGUCGGUGUGGCUACAGCUGCAGAUUGUAUCAUAACCAAUUUUAAUCAGCUUCCUACUGAAGCCAAGAAAGAAGUGGAAAAGAAAGGUGUGUGGAAGAUGCCAACAAAAUACAACGAAGAUGGAUAUCAUUAUUUCCCAUACAGUUUCCUUAAAGAAGCAGAAACUCACUGCUUGCUGCAUAGUCCCAUUCCUGUCAAUUGCCCAGUCAGACUCCUCCAUGGCAUGAAGGAUGAUGUCAUCCCAUGGCAGGUUUCCCUGCAGGUAGCUCACCGGGUGGUCAGCACAGAUGUUGACGUCAUCCUCCGUAAAAAUGGGGAUCAUCGAAUGAAAGAGAAGGAUGACCUCAAACUUCUGGUGUACACUAUUGAUGAUUUAAUUGACAAGCUUUCAACCUCAGGGUCACUGGCAUAGAGGCUCAAACACAUAAGCUUUGUCAUUCCACCCACUCGAGUGAUUUAACCAACGCCCCCAUUCAAAAUUGGGGUGGGAAUCCAUUGAACUGAGGACAGGAGGAGUCCCAGGAGCAGAUGCUGGAGUUUUUCUGGCUUUUCUUCUACCUCUGGAAAAUUGCCCAUAUUUUUCUACUCUGCACAUAAGGUAGAAAUGAAGGGGAAAAUGAGUGCUGCUAUUAGUUUUCUCUUUCUACCCAAACCUCUAGGCUCUUUCCUUCUAAGUAAUUUUUUUUAUCCAGAGAAGUUUAUCUUUCAUAUAUAUUGAUGCCAACUGAUCCUCCUGUUUCUGUUUAAAUUGUAUUUUGGAACUUGGGUUUUCCUUUAGCACUUGUUUGGUGGCAUAUGCAGGUUUGUAAAUGCACCAGAAAUGGCUACUAUUUCAAUUGAGUGAAAAUGUUUCUAGCCUAAAUAAAAAUGAUCAAAAUA